GUGCCAGAUCUACAACUCUCAGUCUGUAAAAGGCUUAUGAUACAAACUUGGUCCAAAGAAACUAGUUUACAGUGUUUUAACACAGUUCAGAACAUCUUAUGUCCUCAGUACAAUGCAACUUGGAACAAUUCGUUAACUGAAACAUCUAUAGAUGAGUUUCUAUCUCAAACUGGAAAUUUCUACAAAAUAACUGAUCUUAUUGAAACUCUUGACGGUAUGAAAAGGAACAGCUCAAUUUGGAAUUCCCAGAUUUUAAAUUCCUCUGGACCUUCCACAACAUUCAGGAAAAAUUUGGUUCCAUACGUUGAAAACUAUGGGUUACUGUGCUUUUCUUGGAAGCAUAAAAUCUCUGAAUUCUCUAGACUUCGAAUUAUUCCCACCAAGAAUUCAGAUAAUGUGUUUAUGCUGAUACAUAAGAAGGGACAAAUAAGAUUAAACUCCAAAACUGAUUUGACAGAAAUUCCAUAUAUUCCAUACAUUAUGGAUACACAGCUGGACAUUGAGGCAAACAGAUUUCUUUCUACAUCUAACAUGGAAUGUGAGGAUGGACUUGAAACUUAUGAUUUGUGUUCUGAAAUGACAAUGUGGAAGAGAUUGGAAAAUAAUUGUAUUCCACCAUUUUGGAUGCAACUACAGAAUAUUUCAAACUGCAUAAUGCAUGCAGCAUUCAAUAUUUUCCAAACUAGCCCUGAAGAAUGUUUAAUACCAUGUUCUCAGAUUAAAGUAAAUAUCAAGCAAAAUCCUGUGGACUGGCUUUACAUCUUGGUAAAUCCUAAGCUCCCCAUCAACACUGUCAUCCCUGGAUACUAUUUGACCAUUCCUUCCUAUAUUCUCUAUUCUGAAAUGCAGGAAAGUUACACUGCCAUUUCUUUUAUUGCUGAAUUUGGAGGUUGGGCCGGAUUGUUCCUAGGAGU